AUGGCGGCGUCCAAGGCGCUGAUGCUGGCGGUGGGCGUGGUGGUGGUGGCGGGGUGCGCGGUGGGGCUGUCGGGCGCGACGGACCACAUCGUGGGGGCCAACCGCGGGUGGAACCCCAACAUCAACUACUCCAGCUGGUCCGCCAACCAGACCUUCUACGCCGGCGACCUCAUCUCGUUCCGGUACCAGAAGGGGACGCACAACGUGUUCAAGGUGAACGAGACGGGGUACGACAACUGCACCAUGGACGGGGUCACCGGCAACUGGACCUCCGGCAAGGACUUCAUCCCGCUCCCGCGCCCCGGCCGCUACUUCUUCAUCUGCGGCAACGGCUUCUGCCAGUCCGGCAUGAAGGUCGCCAUCACCGUCGGCAUCUUCGAUCUCGGCCCAGAGAUCUACCCCCCGCCCGCCCCCGGCGCCGACAACCCAUCCACCUCCGCCUCUUUCACCGCAGGGGCGUGGCCGGCAGCGGCAGCGGUGGUCACCGCGCUGGGAGCUGCCGCCAUCCUUGUCAUUUAG